CAACCCCAGCAAGAAGAUAAGAUGCGUCUGUAAGCUGUGCUUGUCUUGGAGAAGGCUGCAGCCUUGGCGCAAAACAUCCGUAUCUAUAUUUUGGCGAUGUAACCGCUUCUCUAUCAUCUCCCUCGCCUGUGUCGCUUCCAACACUGCCGAAUACUGAUAUUCCCACAACACUUAGGCAACAACGAGAUGAGGGCAUCUCUGCGCAAACUCACCCUGCUCCUUCAGCUUACCUUGGUCUUGUCAAUAUCUAUAUCACCUCGACGCAUGCGCUGGCGCGAAUAUCCUGAGGUGAAGAAAUAUACCAGUGAUCAUCCACGAAUUGAGUUCAGCUUCAUAGGCGUCGAUAUUUUUGCCUAUCCUUCCACCGGCGGUCGCGUCAGCGCUAGCGUCACGGCCGCGGAAUUCGCCUGGCUCGGCCUGUCACCACUGUCCCCAAACUCAACAAAGGCUGUAGACGAAUCGGAGGAGAACGCUCUCGCGCUGCGACUGCUGCAGAUUGGCGGGCAGUGGUGGCCUAAUGAUGUCUUCCUGGGCCGUGCAACAAGCUUUCGGAGGUCAUUUCCUUUGGGCUACCAUUACCCCAGAGACUUUGAUGUUGGCUACCAACUUGAUGGAGGCGUUCUGAUCCUCGAGACCUCGCCAGGUUUUGUCAGCCAGCGACCUGGCCGUGAGCGACCGGGGUUUAAACCGCUGGCGUAUGCGCGGCUAGCGUCCUGUUCGACCAUGGAAGAACGCUGUGAGGUACUCCGCGACUUUAAUGCCACAUUAUAUCAUUCGCUUGAAGCUUGUCCCAACGGAAAAAUCCCUCAAACUUUAGCGGAAGGGAUCGCCCGAGGAAAGAAUUAUACGGAACUUCCCAUGAAGCUGCAUGACGACGAUUAUCGUUCAGAAUGGCUCGGAAAUGGUCGGCAAUCGACGCGCGAAGAGCCUGACGAAAAGGUCGAAAACACAAAGAAGACGAUGUAA